CACCAGGUUCAAGGCAGUCAGAGGAGCAUGGGUCGUAGCGAGGAGCUGGAGCAGCUUCUAGGAAGAUAGGAAGAGUUGAUAACAGCUGACGAUAUCAGGAUUGUAUUUGAAGGAUUUAAUCAAAGUUUUCAACCAUUUUACGCUUCUAAAUUGUUUAUCUGCGGUGAUUGUUUUCGGAUUAAUACAAGGAUUUGAUCAGCUCAAUUCGAGAGACAAACAGAAGCAUGUACUUCAGAACUUCUUACAAAAUCAUACUAAUUUUAGUGGUGAUGCUAUUGGCUGUGAUACAUUUUUAUAUGAAAAGUAAUCCUUCAAAGAAUGGACUUCUAUUCAUGAAAAUUGAUAAACCAAUUGACAAUUGGCACCUGAAGCUCAAAUCACCAGAAAACCUAAGCUUUCUGUCACCAUACAGAGGAAGCUGGUUAAAUGGCAACAAUAAUUGCAGCUGUAACAUUGGGGCACAAUUGCCUUUAACUAGGUCUUAUGAUCCGAAAGACCUGUUAGCAAUUAAAAAGAGGAGAAAACAACAGUAUGAACAACACAGGAAAAGGGUUGAAUCACCAUUGAAGAAAAUAAUCACAGCCCAACCCAAUUCUCCACUAAGCUAUCCCAUCCAUGGAGUUGAAGUAAUGCCACUACAAUCAAUUGUCAUUCCAGGUUUGGGUGUGUUUGCAUUCAAUAGACAAGACUAUAAGGUGAAACUAACAGCUACACAAGGAGUAUUUAACACAAUUGCUGAGGUCCCUAAGGCUGUGCUGAAAGGAUUAGGUGAAAAAGAGUUAAUAUUAAAAAGCCCAAACUUGGAACUCAUAAAUGCUGUGCUUAAAUAUAUUACUUACACCAGCACAAACUACCACAUAAAUACAGCUGAUAUAGUGUCUUUUCAGUUUGAAGAGCAUGUUGCUGAAUUUCCGAUUAUUAUCAGGCAGCCCCCAAUGCCACGGUUGUUUGAUCCUGGACCAGACAAUGACAUCAAUUCCUUGGUAACCAUUACAACAAAGACAUUUUUAAGAUAUCACAAGCUUCGAGUCUUGAUAGACAGCAUUCGGAGAUUUUACCCGAACAUGACGAUAAUCAUUGCGGACGACAGCGAAGUUCCUGAAAAAAUUGAAGGACCACACAUCGAACAAUACUUCAUGCCAUUUGCAAAAGGAUGGUUUGCUGGAAGAAACUUGGCAGCUUCUCAGGUCACAACUAAAUACCUUCUUUGGGUGGAUGAAGACUUUUUGUUCACAGAAGAUACAAAAUUGGAAAAAUUGUUAGAAGUAUUGGAAAACACAGACUUGGAUGUGGUUGGAGGCUCAGUAGACAGGAAUCAAUUCCACUUUCGGCUGUGGUAUGAAAAUGGCAACCUUGAUGAUGGAGAAUGCUUGAUUUCCAAGACUGGGGGCUUUCAUGGCUUGGACGGGUUUCCACACUGUGUGGUAACCACUGGUGUGGUGAAUUUCUUUCUGGCAAGGACAUUGAAGAUACUGAGUGUUGGAUUUGACCCUCGACUGGCCAGGGUAGCUCACUCAGAGUUUUUCAUUGACGGACUUGGCAGACUGCUUGUGGGAUCGUGUAAUGAUGUCAUCGUUCGCCAUCAGACACACAAGAGUCCAACAAAUGAAUCACUGAAAGCAGUUGAACAAAAAUAUGCAAAAUUUAGACAGCCCUCUAAGCAUGACACAGAUUACAAACUUGCACUACAUUAUUUCAAAAACCACUUAAAAUGUUAUACCAAGAUUUAGUGGCUAUGGUUGAACAUAAUGUCAAUUGAUCAAUCUACACUUCCAAUAUCAAGCUCUAUCUUAACACUAUCUCUUUCAACCUUUCCACUCCCUCACUGUUGUCAGGCUGCUUCUGUAACAACCACUUCUGGAUGCAGUGAACUCUUCUGCAAUUCAAGAUUUCUUCUUAUUCUUUCAUGGAAUGUGGGAAUCACUAGAAAGACUACUAAUUGUUGACCAUCACUAAUAGCCUUGGAAAGGUAUUGCCCAAACCACUUUCUUACACUGCUGCAGUCCAUUUAGUAAAGACUGAAGCUAUUUUCUUUGUUCCCACAGAGAAAUGAUUUCCAUAAAUUCUGUCCGCUCCCCAAUAGUUUCAAACAAAGAGAUUAUAACCUUGGGAUCCUAUUUAACAAAGAGGUGAGCUUCUGGCCACAUAUGUUGUCAAUUACCAAGACCACCUACUUCCUGUCAGCUCUUUCAUCAGCACCUGAAACCUGCAUCCAUACUCAGAAUCCUCUUGAGGGUAGGACAUAUAGAGUUUAGCAGCUGAGAGCUGGUCUGCAGGAUCUUGGAUGAUAGUCCCUGAAGCCAGGGUGUGGGUGACCUUUGACAGUGUGACCACAGAGAAGCUGGAGAGCUAUGGCCUAUGGGAGGAGGGGGUUGCUUUCUUUUGCCCUAAGAGGUGGGAUCCACACAGCGUGAUUUUCCACAGACUCUGCACCCUUCUGGGGAUGGCUAUUUCCACACAUUUGCACGACUCCAGGUUCAAGCAUUCAAAUACAUUUCUAAUGGCCUUCCAUGUGGUGCUACUAUCCACAAAUAUGACCUCAUUCAAAGAUCUGUUGGCCAAAUUCUGACACCUGCCCAUAUCUCAUUUGUUCAUCAUUCAUUGCCCACAAAUCUGCAUUGGCACAUGCUACAUCAAUUUUACAAAUCUCAGCCUUCUUUUAAAAUCAAUCUAUGCUCUCUUCCAUUCCUAUCUCUGAAACCUCCUCAAGCUCAACAAUUUUCCUAGAAAACAAGGUGUA